CUAUUUGUAGUCAUUUCUGUUGCAUUGUGAAUAUUUUCCUAAAAUUGCGUAGAAUUGAACAGAAAGCUCCAGCCGCUCCAGCCAAGUUUUGAAAAUGGCGAACGCUGAGCCCACCAACGUAAGUUCGGCGUUCCCAUUGCCACCGACGAAUUACUACAGCCUCCACACCGAUGAAAAUAUCCGGCGAGGACGCGUUUUGAGACCGCCGAAUCCUGUGGCUGAUUCCUACGCGAUGUUCGGCACGACGUACCAAAUGGACGACUCGAUUAUCAGACCUUUGGAGAGCCAGGGCAUUCGCCGAUUGUACCCUCAAAACUGUGACAGGAGACGAGAGCUUAGGAAGCUGAACCACUCGCUCCUGGUAAAUUUCUUGGACCUGCUCGACCUUCUGGUGCAGUGUCCUGAGUCGCCGAGGCGGGCGGAGAAGGUCGACGACCUCAGCCUACUCUUCAUCCACAUCCACCACUUGCUGAACGAAUUCCGACCGCACCAGGCCAGGGAAACCCUGAGGGUGAUGAUGGAAUUGCAGAAAAGGCAGCGGAUCGAAACAGCUGACAGAUUUCAGAAGCACUUGGAAAAGGUCAUGGAAAUUCUGGACCAAGCUCUGCAAAUGUUGCCUGAAAAUGAGGAUUUGGACUCAAAGUUACUCGUGCCCAUCGAUGAAAUGGAAAAUAUGGACGUCACAAGUGGUGACGAUUCGAAAAACGAGGCUUGCAGCCCACUGGACAGAAUGAUGUGUGACAUAGUGGAUGCAAUGUGAAUUCUGUAGUGUUUCGUGAAGGACAGACUUUGUUUUAAAUGAAAGCUAAAAUACAGUAAUAAACAUUAAAAAAUUAAAGAAAUUUGUAAGAUGAAGACAAACCAUGAAAUAUUUAUUUUUGAAUAUUUCUUUAACUUCAUUAAUUUAAAAUACAAUGCAGUUAAAUUUCCGUAUCUCAGCAAUGCAGUAAAAUAAAUAAUGUAUCAAAUCCACAUGAAAAAAAUGAUUUUUUUGCUUUGAGUGAGCGCUUAAAAUUUCAAACUCCAAUCAAGUGUACUUGUUUUAUUCCAAUUUAUUCUACUCUGAUUCAUCGCAGUAAAUAAACGUGCAGUCAACGUCAAUCACACAAA